UUAAGGAAGGGUAAUACUUGUCAUGGUUAUACAAUCAAGCCCUAGCUUCAACGAGAAGACAGAGAGAAGAGGAAGGUUGUUGAAGAAAUCAACCCACGACUAGGAAAGAGAGAAACUCUGCUUUAAUUUCAAGCCCCUUUACCAUUGCAUUUUGGGAUCUCGAAUCUCCAAUCUGCAAAGGUGUUGAUUCUACUUCUAUGGCAAAUUCAAAGGGCUCAUCGGGUAUAAGAAAUUUGAUGUGUCCUGGAAAGCAUGCUCUACUUCCUCCCAAAAGCCCAUUUCCUAGUGUUUCGCAAGCAUAUGCUGAUUAUGUCCCAAAUCCUACUCUUGGUUCAAAGGCUGCUAACAAACCUAGAGAGGGAAAGACACACCACCACCGUACAUCAUCUGAGAACCUUGUCUUGGAGGAGCAGCCUUCAUGGAUUGAUGAUCUACUUAAUGAGCCUGAGACACCUGUCCGAAGGGGUGGUCAUCGGCGUUCAUCAAGUGAUUCUUUCGCAUACAUAGACACAGUUAAUGUGUCUAACAUCAGUUAUGCAGAUCAAGAUGAGUAUAAAUAUAAGAAUUUGGCAUCUGUUUCAUCAUGGUCAUCGCAAGAUUUUGACCACAACAAAGAUGCUUGUCAUAUGCACAUGUAUCCAGAAAUGAACUCAGCAAAGCAGAAUAGGGCAUGGGACUCUUUUUCAAAUGCUGUAAGAAAUCUAGGUGGUGUUCCCUCUGGCAAAGAUAAUGUUGCUUUUCAGAGUUCAGGAUCACCAUGUACACCACAUGAAGCAGAUGGGCUUCUGCCAACUGCAAAUGAAAAGCAUGAUUCUGUAGAAUCUGGCCUACAGGAUGCAAAAUCAUCUUCUGAAAGAAAUGAUGGUUCACAUGCAAAGUCAUCUGCUUCUGAAACAGAUACAAAACGUGCUAAACAGCAAUUUGCUCAACGUUCACGGGUACGUAAACUUCAAUACAUAGCUGAGCUGGAAAGAAAUGUACAAGCUUUACAGGCAGAAGGGUCUGGAGUCUCAGCUGAGCUUGAAUUUCUUAACCAGCAGAAUCUUAUCCUGAGUAUGGAGAAUAAAGCACUCAAGCAACGUUUAGAAAGUUUAGCACAGGAGCAGCUUAUCAAAUAUUUGGAGCAGGAAGUACUGGAAAGAGAGAUUGGAAGAAUACGUGCAUUGUUUCAACAGCAGCAGACACAUCAGCCGCAACAACAACCAUCUGCUAGUCAUAGACGUACCAAAAGCAGAGACCUUGAAUCUCAGUUUGCAAACCUUUCUCUGAAACACAAGGGCACCAAUUCAGGUCAUGACCCUGCAACUGGAGCUCUCAGAAUUUAGAUAUUGCAGUAGCUGAAGCCUUGUUCUGGCUCUACAUUCAACUGGUGUUGAAACCACCUGUGAUGGAAUUGUUUACUUCCCAUUUGCGGGACUGUGCAGAGAUUUCCAGCAUAUGUCCUCUCUCUGCCAGCUCUUUGCUGAUUUCAGUCUUUUCUGUUUUCUAUUUACUUAAAUUAUUACCAUUUAAUGUGCACCUGGUGGUCAUUGCUGAAAUCAUAUUCUAUUUCAGUCAUUUGACCUACCGGAGGUGUUAACUCAUCAGUUUCUAAGCUUUCACCCCCAACUGUAUUUUCAAUGAUUAUGUAACUCUAUACCCCUCUUGUGAAUCACCAUUAUUGUGGAAUUUGGCCCAGUGCAAAUAGAAAAUGUCUCAGGGCUGUUUGAAUGUGCAUUAUUUGUAUGGAUUAUGUUUAAGUUAAUGUUUU